AUGGCAGAAGAGCAUCGCACGAGCGUGCUGGACGUGUACCGCCACUUGGCGGGGCACGGGAGAAACCACCCCGGCAAGCAGCACAUUUGCGAGCUUCGGGAUGCGUUCGAGCUGCAAGAGCCGGAUGAAACGCACCAGGUGCUUGUCCUGACGGCUGCCGGCAUGACCCUGGGCGAGUUCCGUUACCGGCCCGGCAACGUGCUGUCGCCUCUUAUGGCACGGCUGGCCGUCGAGCAGGUCCUUUUGGCCAUCAACUACCUGCAUUCGGCCGACGUCAUCUAUACAGAUCUCCAUGCUGACAACUUGCUGAUCGGCGUCAUGGACCAGGCUGUGUUUGACAAAAUUGCCAGCCUCGAAGCAAGGACGUCGUCGCGGAGGAAGUAUGUCGAUGGCACCGUGAUCCACGCAAGUCUCGGUGUCGUAGACAGUAUCGGCCCUCUGGCGCUCUGCGACAUGGGGCAAGCGCGCAUUGGUCCUCGACACGGGGGAAUCGCCAUGCCGGCACCCUUUCGGGCCCCCGAGGUGAUUCUCGGCAUGCCGUGGGACAACAAGAUCGAUAUGUGGAACGUGGGGGUACUGGCGUGGAAUCUGGUGGAAGACGACAUUCUAUUUCAGCUAGAGGCCGAUGAAUCGCGGGAGCAGAGCAAUGCCCGCCACCUUGCCAACAUGGUUGCUCUCCUGGGGCCACCACCCAUCGAGUUUCUGAAUCGAAAGGCGUCCGAAACAUCCAAGUACUGGGACGAUCAAGGUGUGUGA